AUGAGCAAACAGAAUUUCCCCCCCAAACUGAAAGGGAUCAGAAAAGAUGGCUUGAAAAGUAGCGGGGGGACGAAAAAGAAUCAGGAUGGUAAAAAUGGCAACAAAAAAAAGAAACCCUUUAAGAAGAAUAAAAUUAAGGGGGCAAAACAGGUGGGGGUAUUAUCUCAGUCUUGUGAUAAAUUCCUGAACAGCAAGGGGGAGAUACAGCAUGCAGACAAACCAGACGCAGAAUUCAAUUUCGCGAAGAAGGAAGAAGGAACGGGGGAGCCACACGCACCAGUGAAGAACAAAACGGUGAUGAAAAAAUCCAAAUCAAAUUUUGUCACUCCUGUCUUGAAGAAAAUAAUGAUAAGUAAAAAGUUAUCCAAAAAGAGGAAUCGUGGAGGGAAAAUCCAAGGGGGGGAGAAUGAAUCACAUGCCCAAUACAUUCCAAAUGAAGCUCCUUCACCAGAGAAUGUCGUUAAUCGAGGGAAACACGAAUGUGAGACUAGCAGUCCGUUUGCUAAUCGAAAUGAUGGCAACUAUCCAACCGAUAGGGCCUUCUACCCUGACCAGUACGAAAGCCAUUAUGGAGAAAAGAAAAAACAAAAAUACAAGAAGAAAAAAAAAAUCCUACAGGAUCCAGAAGAAAUAGUGAACUCGUCCCUGUUCAGAUACAUUAAUGAGUACAUGUACACCAACAGAAGCGACACUGUGCAAAAAAAGUUAAAGGAAACAAAAAAUAUUUUCAAUAUUUACCAUUCGGGGUACAGAAAUCAGAAAAAUAAAUGGCCCCAAAAUCCCGUUCAUGUAAUAAUAAGUCAUUUAAAAAAAAAUUUUACAAAAAAAAGUAAAAUAGCAGAUUUGGGAUGUGGAGAAGCAGAAAUAGCCCAAGCAUUGAAUGGCUGGUCCGUGACCUCCUACGAUUUAAUUCAGCUCAAUGAGCAUGUCACUGUUUGUAACAUAACGAAAUUGCCACUUGCAGACAAUUCCCACGAUUGCUUCGUCUUGUGUCUGAGUCUCAUGAACACAGACUGGCCGAAAGUUAUAUUUGAGGCACUUCGGUGUCUGAAAAAGAGGGGAACCCUAAUAAUAGCCGACGUGGUGAGCAGGUUUACCAACUACAAGGCGUUCAUGAAGUUCAUGAAGAAUGUUGGCUUUACCUUCACCAACAGAGUAAAUAUGGACGAUUUUUUUUAUGUGCUAUUUUUUGAGAAUAAUAAAAAGGACGACGCUUCCUACACGGCGAAUGAGAAGAGAAUUGGGAAGGUUUCCAAGUUGUUGGCUCCCUGUGUUUACAAGAGGAGGUAG